UACAAAUAGGGAUGGAUUAUUAUGGUCUCGCCAAGAUCACUGCAAGAACGAGUUUGGUAGUGAAAGGAUGUCUCCUCCGGUUAAGCUCAUCGGCUUCUUCGGCAGCCCAUACGCGCACCGUGCCGAGGCGGCACUGUGCCUCAAGGGCGUGCCUUACGAGCUGAUCCUAGAAGACCUCCUGCGCAGCAAGAGCGAGCUGCUGCUCCAGCACAAUCCCGUCCACAAGAAGGUGCCCGUGCUCCUCCACGGCGACCGGGCCGUCUGCGAGUCCCUCGUCAUCGCUGAGUAUGUCGACGAGGCCUUCGACGGGCUGCCCCUCCUGCCGACCGACCCCUACGACCGUGCCAUGGCUCGUUUCUGGGCUGACUUCAUAGAAAACAAGUUCACCAAGCCGUUCUGGAUGGCGCAUUGGAUAGAGGGCGAGGCGCAGAAGGCGUUCGUGAAGGAGGCCAAGGAGUACCUUGCGCUUCUGGAGGCUCAGCUCAAGGGGAAGAGGUUCUUCGGCGGCGACACCCCCGGCUACCUCGACAUAGCCGCUUCUACGCUAGCUCCCUGGCGCAGCGUGAUCGAGGAGGUGACUGGAGUGACAUUGGUGAACGAAGACGAGCACCCUGCUCUAUGCCAGUGGGCCAAGGAGUACAAUGCCAACGAAGCUUUGAAGCCGUGCCUGCCGGACAGAGACCAACUCCUCGCCUACUUCACCAAAAACAAGGAGAUGUACAAGAUUGGCGUCAAUGCAAUGUUGCACAAGUAAUUAGGUGCAAGAAUACGUCUCUGCGGUGCGUGGAUCACACACGGCGUGUGCCGGAAUAACAUUGGUGUGCCCAGAUGAAUAUGUCCAUGUCUCACAUAGAUGAAUUCAAUUUUUCUGCGAAUCUAGAUGUUUCUUUCUUUUUGAAACGAACCGGCAGGACAGAUGUUUCUUUCUUGAUUUAGUGUAAUAGUUACUAGUGGAAGUAUGCAGAUUUCUUGCUUCAACAAUGGAAGAGAGCUAAGCAGUCGGAGGGGGAUGUGGGUGUAAACUAUAUAUAUUUGUCAUGGUUUCUAUAUA